GUGUCGUCAAGAAUGGAAGUUCAAGGAGUAGUUGAUUUCCCGAUGGUCCCGCAGGUGUCAGCACACAACGAAUAAUCAGCAUACAAGAGAGGAUUGCUAUGUCUUCCCUGCAAGGACUGCCACCUUUACCGAGAAGCCUCAGCGGAUUCAAUUUGAGCGGUGGACGUUGCGAGGGUUGCGAACCACCACCACCGCCCACCAGAUCUUCCAGUAAAACCCACAGAGGCGGUAAAACUACGAUGCAGAGGCCAUCACCACCUGCCAGACAGCUCACCACGCUGGAUACUCAGCUGGCUAUAUUGAGGAGAGAAAUGUUCGGACUUAGACAACUGGAUCUCUCUUUGCUCGCUCAACUUUGGUCUCUCAACGAAUCUAUCCAAGAAUUUCGCCAGCUUUUGCAAGAGCAAGAAGACAGAGCACCGUCGCCGUCGCCGAGCAGCGAAGAAGGAGACGACACCUCCUACGGAAACCAUCCACCGCCACCUCCGAGAAGACCGGCACCCGGUGUGCAUCUUCACAGACCACCUAGACCACCGAGACCUAGGCCACCUCCUAGCGACGAAUCACCGUCUAGCGAAGAAUACGGAGCAGUUUGACGUGUGCAUCCACGAACGCGCACCUUCCAAACGCUUUCCAAGCCGUUUCUCUUACCACGCGAUCGUAAACUCUUACGCGUUAUCAGAACGCAUCCUUGUGGAAACACUUGUCGAUGCUCAAAGGUACCUGUGUAAAAUUCUAUCCUUCUAAUACGUGAUCUUAUCGCGAACGAUCGGUAGAUCACCUGUUUCAAUCACGCGCGAUAUUCGUUCACCCAUCAAAACUAUCGAUGUCAAUCCAGAAGAACAACGAUCCUCUCUUUCUCUGUCUAUACGUGCAUAUAGUAUAUAUAUCUUUCUUAUUAGAUAAGGAAAAAGGUUUAUUGUCCUCGAUGAGAACUACUUUAAUUCAACACGCUCUUCUCUCAAUUUGUGAUACCAGUCGAAGGGGCCUUUGAUUAACUACGAUAGAUAUUCGUUUGCGCUAAUUAAGAUUUUUCCGCGAUCAUUGGUUGAAAAGACGGAAGUUACUCAAGAUCCGACCGUACGGAACGAAAAACGGCUAGUGAGUUCCAAAGAACCGCGUUCGAAAGUUCUUGUCUCUUCCACGCUUAUCCGCUGUUACGUCCACUGCAGAGAUUUUCUUUCUCGUUGAAAUGCACGAACAGACGACGCACCGAUCGAUCAACCAGACCAUUCGAAUCCUCGAAUUACGGUACGACUUACAAAGAUUUAUGUAGUUUAAUUCGAGUGUGUAAAAGAAUAAAGGAAUGAACGAAAGA